AUGCCAAGCUACGCGAGGCUGCCACCGUCCGGGAUCAAGGUGAUCAUUGUCGGUGCUGGGUUCGCGGGACUCUGCGCGGCCAUCGAGUGUGACCGGAAAGGGCACUCGGUGAUACUGCUGGAGAAGGUUGUGGAGCUGAAGCCCUUAGGAGACAUCAUCAGCUUCGCAUCCAACUCGGGCCACAUCUUUGAGAGAUGGGAAGGCGUCGUUGACAAGCUCGAGCCUAUCAGCCACCAUAGCGAGGGACUGGAUUUCCACGACUGGAAGGGGAACUUUGCCACCAGGCAAACAUGGGACGCCGACAAGCAAUGGGGGAGACGGAUCAACGGCCACCGAGGCGAGAUUCACCUGGUCGUGUACGAGCAUGCCAGAGCCAGGGGAAUCGACAUUCGACUCGGCCAGCAUGUCACCGACUACUUCGAGACCGACUCGGAAGCAGGAGUCGUGGUAAAUGGAGAGAGACUGGCAGCAGACUGUGUGGUGUCCGCUGAAGGCGUCAAAUCUCCCGGGAGGAAGAUUGUAUUGGGCUAUGAGGACCGACCAAAGCCCUCAGGCUAUGCCGUCUAUCGCACGUGGUUCUCUUCCCAUGAACUUGCCAAGAACGAGAGGACGAAACAUCUGGUGGUGAAUGGAGAUUCGCACACUGGUUGGAUCGGCGAAGACAAACACUUCCUAGCAGCGGCCAUCAAGAAUGGAAAGGAAUUCAGCUGGGUGUUGACGCACAAGGACGACGCCGACAUCGACGAAGACUGGCAGUUCCCUGGGGACAGAGAAGAGGUCAGGCGGAAUCUGGUCGGCUGGGCGCCAGUCGUGCAUGACAUUGUAGACGCCACUCCGCCAGAUCGGCUCGUGGACUACAAGCUCGUGUUUCGCGACCCGCUACCAACCUUCAUCUCGCCCAAGGCGAGGAUCGCGCUGAUCGGUGACGCCGCGCAUCCUUUCCUUCCCACCUCGAUCCAAGGGGCCAGUCAGUCCAUGGAAGAUGGAGUGACGCUCGCAAUCACCCUCGAGAAGGCGGGCAAAGAAAACGUACCGCUGGGCAUUCGGGCGUACGAGGCUAUCCGGUAUGAGCGGGUGCACCGAGCCCAGAAAACGGGGGUCACAACGCGCGAGCAAUGGCACAAGGCCGAUUGGGACAAGAUCUGGAAGGACCCGAAGUCGCUGCAUCUCAAGCGGGAGGCAUGGUUGCUUGAUUUCGAUGCAGAACCCCAUGCGUAUGAUGUGGUCGAGGAUGUUUUGAAGAAGUUGAGCCACGGUACAGCCGUCAGCUCACCACCGACAGCGUGGCGGAGCCCAGAGACGAAUGGGAUCCAACCGGUGCGAGCGCAAGGGAAUUGA